UUUCUUGCGAAAAAAGAUUUAAGAUACAAGAUCCCGCGCGUGGGGUAACACGCCAACUCGUCCUUACCAUUCUCACGCUCCGUUUUCUCUCUACACUCUUCCAUUUUGAUUUAAGGAAAAGUAAAAACCCUGCCAAAACCCUCUCAACUAAUUCGUCGAUCAUUCAACUUUUUUUCCCGGUUUGUUUCCGGACAUGUCGAAUUUAUCGAAGCUUAAUGUCUCGAAUCCUAAGGUUUGGGUGGUGAUCGGCUUAAGCGUCGCCGGAAUCGUUAUCCUCGCCGAGACUCGCCGCCGGAAGCUGAAAUCCCGUAAUACAAUCAAGGAAGACUUUGGAGCCUUCAUUGAGAAAUUUGAACUGUCUCCGUUUCCUCAGCCUCCUCCUCCCGCCGCUCCUCUUCCGCUCUCCGGAAUUACUUUCGCCAUCAAAGACGUGAUUGAUGUAAAAGGGUUUGUUACGGGGUUUGGGAGCGUGGACUGGAAGAAAACGCAUGAGGUGGCAGGGAAAACUGCGGUGGUGGUGACAACUCUGUUAAAAAAUGGGGCUACUUGCGUUGGAAAGACUAUCAUGGAUGAAUUUGGCUUUGGGAUAACCGGCGAAAAUUCAAAAUACGGAACACCAACUAAUCCAAAGUCUCCAUCUCAUGUACCUGGGGGUUCAUCAAGUGGUUCAGCUGUAGCUGUGGCUGCUAAACUUGUGGAUUUCGCCAUUGGUACUGAUAGUGUUGGGUGCAUACGAGCUCCUGCGUCUUUUUGUGGCGUACUUGGGUAUAGACCUUCCCACGGGCUUAUAUCUACUGUUGGAGUUUUACUAAAUUCUCAGAACUUGGACACUAUUGGAUGCUUUGCUCGUGAUCCUUCUAUUUUGCAUCGUGUUGGACAUGUUCUACUUCAGUUGAGUCGGGUAGAAUUGAGAAAGACAAGAAGGCUUCUAAUAGCUGAUGAUCUUUUUCAGCUCUCGAAAGUUCCCAAGUGGAAGACUGUUGGUGUUGUGAAGACUGUUGCUGAGAAGUUAUCUGGCUAUCAGGUAGCUAAAGAUAUGAAUUUUGGGCAGUAUAUUUCAUCCAAUGUGCCCAGCUUGAAAACUUUUUGUGAGGAAACAGGAAUCCAACAUAAUUCAGUAUCAAUCCUAAAAUCGCUAUCUUCUGUCAUGUUGUUACUGCACAGGUACGAAUUCAGAACAAAUCAUGAAGAAUGGUUUACAUCAGUCAAACCCAGAUUAGGACCACAUGUCUCUGAGGCCAUGGCCACCAAUCCCGAGAAUAUCAAAAUUCUUUACAAAGUGAGGAGUGAAAUGCGAAAUGUUGUUCAAGGUCUUUUGAAGGAUGAUGGAAUAUUAGUAAUUCCAACAGUUGCAGACCCCCCAUUGAAGCUUAACUCGAACAAAGCUGCAUCUAUUGAAUUUCAAGAUAGGACAUCUGCUUUAUUGAGUAUCGCAAGUGUGGCUGGCUGCUGUCAGGUCUCUAUCCCUAUUGGAGAAGAUAAUGGUCAUCCAGUCUCUGUGUCACUAAUUGCGUCCCACGGGGCAGACAAAUUUUUGCUUGAUACUGUCUUGGACAUGUAUUCAUCUCUUCAAGAAGGAGUUAGGGUUGCUUCAAGUUCUCCAGCUCUGCCAGAUACCAAUGGUAGCAUCGACGCUGCUGAACUUUUGAAAGAAAAGGGAAAUGCUGCAUACAAGGGAAAGAAGUGGAAUAAUGCAGUGAACUACUACUCUGAAGCAAUAAAAUUGAAUGAUACAAAUGCUACCUACUUCUGCAAUCGUGCAGCCGCUUAUCUGGAAUUAGGAUGGUUCCAGCAAGCUGCAGAGGACUGCACUAAAGCAUUAACUCUUGAUAAGAAGAAUGUUAAGGCCUAUUUGAGACGCGGGACUGCCAGGGAGUCGCUUCUUUUCUAUCAAGAUGCUCUACAAGAUUUCAAGCAUGCUCUUGUUCUGGAGCCACAAAACAAGGUUGCCAGUCAGGCUGAGAAGAGACUGAAAAAACUUAUCAGUUGAAGCCUUGCAAAUAUGAGCUAGUUUUCGGCAUAGGUUAGAGUGGAGAAAUGGUUCACACUUCGAAAUUUUGUUCAAUACUAAUCGAAGCAAGAUUAGAGUGGGAAAAAAAAGAGAGAGAGAGAGAGAGAGAGAGAGAGAGAGAGAGAGAGAGAGAGAGAAUAAUAACUACAUAUAAGUUUUGUCCUCGUUAACAGAUUUGUUACUACUGUAAAGUUUGACUGUGGGGGAGCGGAUUUCUUGUAAUUCACCGCAGCAAAACCCUCUUUCAUCCACCAUUGAACACCUUCGAAAAUUGAAAUUUCUAACGUAUGCAUCAACACAAAAUGCUGACAUCUGUGGACUGUAGCUUAGGCAUAGACUUGCUUAGAUGGAGUUGCUUUUCAGCUUUACUUUACGCAUUGAUGAACCGAUUAUGAUCAGUUAUAUAUAUUGGUCGUGGGUUGCAUGGUAUGUACACGCAUUUAUCUCAAAAUAUUUGUCGUGUUUGUGAUUUGGUAUCAACUCAGUGGUUUCCC